UCUGAGGAUCAUCUCAUUCAGUCAUGGGUCAUCCUGGGAUUCAAAUGUGGGCAUGGACACUGUGUGUCUUCUUGAACUGGAUGUGUGUGGGUCAGGUGUUGGCAAGACCGCAGUACAUGGUAGCCGUUCCUGCGAUUAUUGAAGCUGGAGUUGAAACCAAAUUUUGUGCGAGUCUCCUGCACCCCAACGAGACUCUGGCCUUUACCAUCACUCUGAUGUCCCAAGAGAAGAACACAACCCUCCUCAAACAAACAUCCAGUGAAGAGUUUCAUACCUGCACUACUUUUAAGGCUCCUUUAGUGCAGGAUCAAGAGGUGCAGAGGUUCGAGGUGGAGGUGAGAGGCCACUCGUUUCACUCAAAAGAAGUCAGGAAAGUCAUGAUCAAAGUCUAUCAACCAAUGACAUUCAUCCAAACAGAUAAGCCAAUCUACCUGCCUGGACAAACAGUGCAUUUCAGAGUUGUUACGCUGGACAAUAGGUUGAGACCUGCCAGUCAGCUGUACAAUAUUAUUGAAAUUAAGGAUCCUAACAACAACAGGAUUGGUCAGUGGCUGAAUGAAAUAUCCAGUGGUAAAAUAUUGGAGCAUUCUUACUCCUUGAACACGGAGGCCCGUGAAGGAGCCUACUCAGUUAUUGUGUCAGUUGGUAAGCAGCGAGUACAUGACAACUUCAAGGUGGAGAAAUAUGUUUUGCCUAAAUUUGACAUGGACAUAUAUACAUCUGAUGAAGUAUCUAUUGAUCAGGAAGAAAUCAAAGCUGGAGUAUGUGCAAAGUACACAUUUGGACAGCCUGUGCCAGGCAGUGUUAAAGUUGAGGUGUGCCGACCUUUUAAUCGCCGUUACUAUAACAGCGAUGAACAUUUAGAGGAAGUCCUCGGGCUAGUGGCUCCAUGCUACAACGAGACAAAGCAGAUCGACAAGAAAGGCUGUGCCAAUUUUACCGUCAAGAUGCCAGCUUUCCUAAAGUUUGACAAAAAGAUUCUUAGAGAUCAUCUGAAUUUCAUUGCCAAAGUGAGAGAGGAAGGGACAGGUGUUUUACACUCAAAAGAGAAGACAAUCCAGAUUUCAUAUGUUGUUGGAAAGUUGUCCUUUAUUGACACACCCAAGUUUUAUGUCGGAGGAUCAAUUGUGGAGGGAAAAGUUAAAGUAGUUCACUACAAUGAUACACCCAUUCCUCACAUGCCAGUGUACCUGUUUGAGGGUGAAAGAUGGUCAUCACAUUGGCUACAGAAUCUCACCACUGACAGCAACGGGGUUGCCACUUUCUCAUUUAGCACAGCUAAGCUGAAAGGGGACAUCCAGCUCCACGUUACCAGUACACCGGAAAUGAACCACUACAAUUUUAGAGCUGCACACUAUGAGCCUGGAGAACAUACAGUGUCUUUGGUCCAAGCUCCUUCUCCUGAUACUAAAACAGUCAGCUUCCUUGAGGUGAAGAAGAAGGAUGAACCACUUGCUUGCAACAAAGAGGAGGAAAUCACCAUCCAAUACACUAUAACUGGAGAGAGAAAGGUCAAUGUGGAUGUGAUAUAUCUGGUGGUAUACAGGAGAACCAUUGUCAUGCAAGGAUUUAAACAGGUUGAAGUGCACGAUAAAUUAGUGACUGAGGGCGAGAUAUCUUUUAAGUUGCACGUGGUUCCAGAAAUGGCACCAAAUUUCCAGGUCUUGGCUUACGCCAUCCUCCCAAGUGAGACUAUGAUCGCCAACAAUGCUGAGUUCUCCACAGAAAAAUGCUUCAGUCACAAGGUGUCGCUGGAGUUUUUUCCGUCCUCAGCUGUCCCAGGAGAGGAGAUCAGCAUGCAGGUAACGGCCCAGCCACACUCUCUGUGUGGCGUAAGUGCUGUUGACCAGAGCGUUCUCAUCAAGGAGCCAGGGAAUACUCUGAAUGCAGACAAGAUAUUUAACUUGUAUGAUGCCAGGCUAACACCUUAUAUUCCAUAUGAGAUCCAAGAUCCUGUAGAAUGCCUGCAUGUGAGACCAAGAAGAUACGUUUUGCCAUAUCCUAGAAAUGGUGAGAGAGAGGAUGCUCAUCAAGUUUUCCAGAAUGUAGGACUGAAGAUGGCAACCAACAUGAUAACACGAAUCCCUUCAUGCCUCAUCUACAAAGAAAGAGAAUACUACCAAGGCCAAGGCCACUUUGGUCUCAGAUUUAACAGUCCUCCUGGGGUAGCACGAAUGCAUGAUCCAGUGGGUUCAUCUGGUGCUGUCAAUCAACCAAUACAGACAUUCAGGACUUACUUCCCCGAGACUUGGAUAUGGGACCUGGUGGAAGUUGGAGAAUCUGGAAAAAAGGAUGUGUCCCACAAUGUCCCAGACACCAUCACCACCUGGGAGACGGAGGCUUUCUGUUUGUCCCCUCAGGGCUUUGGCUUGGCUCCGCGUAAAAAACUCACUGUCUUCCAGCCCUUCUUCCUCGAGCUCACCAUGCCCUACUCCGUCAUCCGGGGGGAGGACUUUGAAUUGAAGGCAACCAUCUUCAACUAUCUGUCCAGUUGCAUCAUGCUCCAAGUGACUCCAGCACCCUCUUUAGAUUACACCCUCACUCCCCUCUCUAGUAACCAGUACACCUCCUGCUUGUGUGGCAGUGAGCGCAUGACCCACAACUGGACCAUCGUCCUUUCAGCCUUAGGGGUUGUGAAUGUGAUGGUGAAAGCUGAAGCUGUGGCAUCCCACAUUUCAUGUGACAAUGAGAUUGUGACUGUGCCAGAAAGAGGUCGUAUCGACGUGGUCACACGAUCUGUCAUAGUAAAGGCUGAGGGACAUGAGAGGACAGAGACCUACAACUGGCUGCUCUGCCCACAAGGAGAGGCUUUGACAGAGGAAAUAGACAUAAAGCUCCCUGCUAAUGUGAUUGAUGGAUCUGCCCGUGCCUCACUGUCAGUCCUGGGUGACAUCCUGGGCCGAGCCCUGAAAAACUUGGAUGGGCUGCUGCAGAUGCCAUAUGGAUGUGGUGAGCAGAACAUGGCGCUCCUAGCUCCCAAUAUCUACAUCCUCCAGUACCUGAAAAACACAAAGCAGCUGACCCCAGCCAUCCUGGAAAAGGCAGCCCAAUUCCUGACUGGUGGCUACCAGAGACAAUUGAACUACAAAGAUGAAGAUGGUGCUUACAGCACCUUUGGAUCAGGAGUGGGAAACACUUGGCUGACUGCUUUUGUGUUGAGAACUUUUGCCAAAGCACAGUCUUUCAUCUACAUUGACCCAACAAAUAUUGAAGAGUCUAAGACUUGGCUGGAGAGUAAACAACGAAAUAAUGGCUGUUUCCAUCAGUCAGGAAAACUUUUUAACAACAGAAUGAAGGGUGGUGUGUCUGAUGAAGUGACUCUCAGUGCCUACAUCACUGCUGCCUUCUUGGAGAUGAACAUGUCCGUUCAUAAUCCAGUGGUGAAGAAGAGCUUGUAUUGCCUCAAGGAGUCCACCGAUGACCUCGGCAACACCUACACUACAGCUCUGCUGGCGUACGUCUUCACCCUGGCAGGAGACAUGGAGACCCGUGCUCAGCUUCUGCAGCAACUAGACAAAGUUGCAUUAAAACAAGGGGGUUUCAUCCACUGGUCUCAGACAGCAACAGAAACAUCAGCCUCUCUCGCUGUGGAGAUCAGCUCCUAUGUGCUGCUGGCCACACUCAGUGCCCCCCCCCCAACUGCUGAAGAACUGGGCUACAGCUCUAACAUCGUCAGAUGGCUGACCAACCAGCAGAACCCUUAUGGAGGCUUCUCCUCCACACAGGACACAGUGGUGGCUCUUCAGGCUCUGGCUCUUUACGCAACUCUGGUGUUCAGUCCAGACGGUUCAAGCACAGUGACAGUCCAGACCCCCAGUGGCCACCUGACAUUUGAUGUGAACCAACACAACAAACUGCUCUACCAGGAGAAGGAGCUGCAGGACCCGACGGGACACUACAGCCUGGUGGUGAAGGGCACUGCAUGUGUUUCAGCGCAGAUUGUUCUUCACUACAACAUCCCAACUCCUACUCCUGUCACAACCUUCAGUAUCAAGGUCACACCAGAGGCCGUCUGCACCACUGAACCUCACAGACACAAACUCACUCUGAACUUCGCCUCCUUAUAUAGUGGAGAGGAGACCACUACAAACAUGGUAAUCCUGGAUAUCAAAAUGCUUUCUGGUUUUGUCCCAGACCCAGAGUCUUUGAAGCAGCUCGAAGUUGCCCUGCUGGUGGAUCGUGUUGAAAUAAAAGGAGAUCAUGUACUGGUGUACUUAGAGGAGUUAGCAAAGGACAUAACCAUCUACCACAGCUUAGAUGUCAUACAGACGCUGCCGGUGCAGAAACUGAAGCCAGCCGUGGUCAAGCUCUAUGACUACUACCAGCCAAGUGACCAGGCUAAGACAGAAUACAUCUGGCCUUGUGUUACAGGUAAUAACCUGGAAUGAUACAAGAACACAACAGUAGGCCAGUCUUCUUGAAGAUGGAAGUGUGGUCAGUCCUCAGGUUGUCGCUGGUACCAGGAAAUUUCAAAAGACCUGCAUUUCAUUAAAGAUAAAUUUUGUGUACCUCUUGAAACUCCGUGUCUGUUUGAGUAAACAUACAAACGAACAGCUUAACACAAGUGAAACUCAUGCAUAAUGGAGAAUAAAAUAAUGAGAUAUGAAUUUCCCACUAAAAACUGGUCUUGUGUUUUACUACAUUUUCAUCUUUGUGCUAGGGCAGCUCUGCAGUUCCAGCAGUUGUUUAUUUAUCCCUUGUUUUCAUCUACAUAGGUUAUUCACAUAGCUCCAGGUCAGCUUAGUGUGGAAAGUUGAAAUAUGUUCAAAAAGAAACAAGUGUUCUUAUGGCUUUCUUAUGCGUCUUUCAUUUAAGUAAGGGUUAGAUUAAAUACAGUACCUCAUAAUUUCCCGAUGACUAAUGAGCAUGACUGUAAGAGAACAUAUAAAACAAAUAUGUUGAUACAAUUGUUGUUACCUUACCUCAGAGUUUUUCUGUGCAAAGCUAUAUUAAAUCAUGAUGAAAAACAAAUUAACAGUCACUAUGACUGUAGUAGCUGCGGUUCUUGCAAUGGUAUUUUAUUCAGGAGAAUUGUUUACACGUUAAUGAUUGAAUUUGUCCAUUAGGGCUGUAAAUGGGAGAGGAGGAAUCGUAAUGACUUCUCCUUGAUUGCCAGAAUGAAGUUGACAUUUUUGUUUUUUUUAGUGAAAUGUCUCAACAACUAUUGGAUGGAUUGACAUUUAUCUCCCCCCUAAGGAAUUGUAAUGACUUUGGUGAUUCCCUGGUUUUUCAACUACUGCCAUUAUCAGGUCAAGAUUUCAAUUUGUCCAGUGUUUUGGUUUAUGACCAAAUACAUGCAAAACUCAGGACAUUCCCAUCAGCGUCAUUUGUACUACAGUAUGUGUUCAGUGCUGAUUAGCAAAUGUUAGCAUGCAAACACGCUAAACUGAGCUGGCUAACAUGAAUACGUUAACAUUUUCAUUAUGAGCGUGCUGACGUAAGCAUUCCCCUCAAAGCAACAGUGUGUCAAAAUAC